UUGUUUGUGUCAGGCGCUGUGUCGGCACCGACGUUUUCCAACCCGUUUGUCGUCACCAUGUUUUACGAGCCCUCGGGAAGGUGGAGGGAUGUGUCCUUUCUUACAUUGCAUAAUGGGCCAGCGGUGAAACGUGGGCACCGAGGACGAGCUGAUGUGAGAAUGUGCGCGUAUGUGUGCAAUGAUUUGGUCAUUUUAGCGCAGCGUUGGCUAUUAAAUUCUUAUUGGUACCUCUGUUCCGUCCCAAAUAAGCAUAUUUUAAAAACUAUUCCAUGCAGUUCAUUAUUAAGAAAGAAGAAAUCCUAGUCUUGGAGUAAUGCGCGUGGUGGUGGGGGGUCCUUAAAUGUUCCGAGGUGUUAUUUUUAAAACCCGGACGAGCCAUUGUGACGUUUGCCUCCCCACUUUUCCCAACUGGAAUGCCAUGCGUUUCAUCAGCCUUUCUUUUUCUUUCUUUUUUUUUUCUUUCUCACCUUAUCGUCAUUGGCUUAUUUUUUUAAAGACACCACAAGACAAAUCAUUAAUAGAUUCCUGGAAAUGUGAGGUUAUGUAACUGCCGAAUUUGCUGGCUGUUGAGCAUAGAAAGGGAGCUAAUUACGUGAUUUUAUAAUCUUGCCACAAAGAAAGUAGGGCAAUCUCAGCGUUGAAGAAUGUCAUCAUCAACAGGGGUUUUGUUGGUUCUUUUAAAGGAUAUUUUAAGCCAGAAAGUGACGACCGACUAAGCUUUGACAUAGCUCAUGCUUGCCAAAUGUGUGUCUUUUACCCUAAAAGAAAUGUACGUCUUUCUAAAUAUAGCCCUAUCACAUUUUAACAAUCCUGGCCUCGGUGCUAUUUCUGGUUUCUUCAGGGCUGUGUGCAAAUACGAGCUCAAGGCCAUUUGCUGUAGUUUUAACUCCACGCCUUCCAAGACCUCUGAUAAGACUGUAUUUUUAGGAAGGCAUUUCGCAGCGCCCAGAGACUGCUGGUGAACGCGGGGGCCCCAUUUAUCAUUUUAAAGGACACUUUGGAGGAACUGCUGCGUUCAGAGGCCAACAGGGAAUGGCCAAGUGUCACCUUCUUUUCUGGCUUUUGUAAAUAACAACGGCUAAUGAGAUAACCCAUGAAAGGCUCCUGACAGAUUUACCCUGAGCCGGACAACAGAAGGACCCAUUGAUGGAUGAGAGGCUAAAGUCCUUAAGACCUGAAAGAAGACUGGGGAAGUGAUUUGUCUCCUCCAUCGGGUCUGUAGGACGAGGAGGUCCUUUCUGAUGCAGCUGAGAAAAAUGCAGACCAUCAAAAAGGAGCCUGCACCCCUGGAUCCUACCAGCAGCUCAGACAAGAUGCUGCUGCUGAACUCUGCCUUAGCUGAGGUGGCCGAGGACCUAGCCUCAGGUGAAGAUUUGCUCCUGAACGAAGGGAACAUGGGGAAAAGCAAAUCCUCGGCGUGUCGGAGGAAACGGGAAUUCAUUCCAGAUGAGAAGAAAGACGCCAUGUAUUGGGAGAAACGGCGGAAAAACAACGAAGCUGCCAAAAGGUCUCGGGAGAAGCGCCGCCUCAAUGACCUGGUUUUGGAGAACAAGCUGAUCGCCCUGGGAGAAGAAAAUGCCACUUUAAAAGCUGAGCUGCUCUCCCUGAAAUUAAAGUUCGGUUUAAUUAGCUCCACGGCGUACGCCCAAGAAAUCCAGAAACUCAGUAAUUCCACAGCUGUCUACUUUCAGGACUACCAGACAUCCAAGGCUGCCGUGAGCUCGUUUGUGGACGAACACGAGCCUGCGAUGGUAGCCGGAAGUUGCAUCUCAGUCAUCAAGCACUCUCCCCAGAGCUCGCUCUCUGAUGUGUCUGAGGUGUCCUCUGUGGAGCACACCCAGGAAAGCCCCGCCCAGGGAGGCUGCCGGAGCCCCGAGAACAAGUUCCCUGUGAUCAAGCAGGAGCCCGUGGAGUUGGAGAGCUUUGCCAGGGAGGCCAGGGAGGAGCGGGGCGCGUAUUCCACCUCCAUCUACCAGAGCUACAUAGGAAGCUCUUUCUCCACCUACUCCCACUCCCCACCCCUCCUGCAGGUCCAUGGGUCCACUAGCAACUCCCCGAGAACCUCAGAGGCCGAUGAGGGUGUGGUGGGCAAGUCUUCUGAUGGGGAAGACGAGCAACAGGUCCCUAAAGGCCCCAUCCAUUCUCCAGUGGAGCUUCAACGGGUCCACGCCACGGUGGUGAAGGUUCCAGAAGUGAACCCUUCUGCCUUACCGCACAAGCUCCGGAUUAAAGCCAAGGCCAUGCAGGUCAAAGUGGAGGCUUUGGACAGCGAGUUUGAAGGCAUACAGAAACUCUCUUCACCCGCCGACGCGAUCGCCAAAAGACAUUUUGACCUGGAGAAACAUGGCACCUCGGGCAUGGCCCAUUCCUCCCUCCCUCCUUUCUCGGUGCAGGUGACGAACAUUCAAGAUUGGUCCCUCAAAUCGGAACACUGGCAUCCCAAAGAACUGAGCAGCAAAACUCAGAGUAGCUUCAAAACAGGUGUGGUGGAAGUCAAAGACAGUGGCUAUAAGGUUUCCGAAGCUGAGAAUUUGUAUUUGAAGCAGGGAAUGGCAAACUUAUCUGCAGAGGUGGUCUCGCUCAAGAGAUUCAUAGCCACACAACCUAUCUCGGCUUCAGACUCCAGGUAAAUGGCUACUGACCGAGCUAUGCGUGGAGGAGGAGGCUGUUGGUACCAUACUGAAUUUCCACUGGACCUCUAAAGUCAUUUCACUGUAGUGUGCACAACGGCGUCUGUCUGGGUGUCCUUGUGUACACACGCUGAAGACUUGAUGCCCUCACUCUGCCUGGCGUGUAGUCAGAUAGCCCCCCACAGAGGCUGUACAUACUGAACGUUAUUUUUGCUCUAUUAUAAAGUGUGUAUGUUGCCAGUUUCAAUAAAGGAUUGGUGGCAAGCACA